AAAGGUCAAUAAUAAAGCUUUCCCUUCCCCAGAAAGUCGGUAACCGAUCAACACUCUGCUGUACACUCGUUCUUUGCACAGAUUCAUUUCUUCAAUUGCACAACACUCACUCGCUAAUUUGUCAAUACCUAUUCUAAUUCGAAUUCGACCUUCGCUUUUUUAUACGCUUCAGUUGUAUAACGCAACUAAACCUUCAAAAUGAAGUACACCGCUGUUCUCUUCGCCUUCGCUGCCGGCGCUUUCGCCCAGUCAUCCACCAUCACCAGCGCGCCUGCAACUACCGCUGCUGCCGGAACGUCUCCUUCUAUCAGCUGUGUCUCGGCUUGCGCUGCCGGCGAUGUUACUUGCCAGGCUUCUUGCUUGGGCAUUGCACGUCCCAACUCUUCCCAGGCCGUAGAGACCACCGAGUGCGCCGCGAAGUGCGACCAGGGUGACGGCACUGCCGAGGCCACCCAGAAGUACUCCGACUGCGUUCAGGGCUGCAUUGCCAGCCUCUUCCCUUCCUCUCAGACUGUCAGCAUUCCCGGCGCUGCUGCCGCUGCUUCGGGCAGCGGUGCAUCCGGCUCUGCUGCCGCCACGGGCUCCAACCGCGCAUCUGUGCCACUCGCAUUGAGGGUGCUGGUCUUGCUGGUCUUGCUGGUCUCCUGGCUGCUCUCGCCUUCUAGGACGGUCUGCAGACAACUAGCAAACACCAUCUUUUCCUUUCUACACCAAAUAUCGGGUCCGGCGUGCAUUAGGGGUUUGCACGUUCAGCGGGUGCGUAGUCGUGGUGAUACAGCUGAGGGGUGAAAACGGCAGUAUGUUUGUGUUCCGUGGUCUUAACAGUUGUGAACCAAU